UAAUCGGAGCGAAAAAAAAUAAAAGGAAAUAAAAAUGUUUUUAUUAGCUGCUGCCAUUUUAUUGGCCACCAUUUUGGUGUUCAAGGGCGUGAAAAUCUUCAACUAUUUGGAUCAUAUGGCUGGUAUAAUGGAAAUGAUACCAGGACCCACACCAUAUCCAUUUGUUGGUAAUCUCUUUCAGUUCGGUCUCAAGCCAGACGAGUAUCCGAAAAAGGUUUUACAAUAUUGUCGGAAAUAUGAUUUUCGUGGUUUCCGUUCUCUGGUAUUCCUGCAGUAUCACAUAAUGCUAAGCGAUCCGGCGGAAAUUCAGAACAUGCUGUCGAGCUCAUCGUUGCUGUACAAGGAGCACUUGUAUUCAUUUCUACGCCCCUGGCUAGGUGAUGGCCUGCUCACCAGUUCCGGUGCUCGUUGGCUGAAACAUCAAAAGCUUUACAUUCCUGCCUUUGAGCGCUCGGCCAUUGAAGGAUAUCUUCGUGUUGUGCAUCGAACGGGCUCUAAAUUUGUACAGAAGCUGACAGAGGAGCAGGCGGAAACGCGGGAGACAUUUGAUGCCCAACAGCUGGUGGCCAAAUGUACUCUGGAUAUUGUGUGCGAGAAUGCCACCGGUUUGCCAAGCAAUUCUCUAAACGAUGAACCUUCCGAUUUGCACAGUGCCAUCAAAGAUCUGUGCGAUGUGACCCAGAAACGCACAUUUAGCAUAGUGAAGCGAUUUGAUGCUCUAUUCCGUUUGACACCCUAUUUCAUGAAGCAGCGCAGAGCUCUGCAAUUGCUUCGAAAUGAGAUUAAUCGCAUUAUCGCUCAACGUCGCCAUCAAUUGGAUAGUGAUAAGUCAAAGGCGAUUAAUAAACCAUUUUUGGAUGUCCUUUUGGCUGCCAAACUGGAUGGCAGAGCAUUAAAGGAAAGAGAAAUAAUUGAGGAAUUAUCCACAUUUAUAUUUACAGGCCAUGAUCCUGUAGCUGCUGCCAUAUCCUUUACUCUAUACACUCUCUCCCGCCAUGCUGAGAUUCAGCAAAAGGUAUUUGAGGAGCAAAAGGCAAUAUUCGGCAAAGAUUUGUCCACUGAAGCAGGCAUCCCACAUUUGGAUCAGAUGCGUUACUUGGAACUGGUUAUAAGGGAAACUCUACGUCUGUAUCCCUCUGUCCCCCUGAUAGCACGCACGAAUCGUAAUUCGAUUGACAUCAAUGGCACUAAAGUGGCCAAGCGAACUACGGUCAUCAUGUGCCUCAUUGCCAUGGGCUAUAAUGAGCGUUAUUUUGAUGAACCCUGCGUCUUUAGGCCAGAGAGAUUUGAAAAGGCCCAUUUGGAUCGUGGCAUGGAAGCUUUCAAGAGUGUGCCAUUCAGUGCAGGACCAAGAGCUUGUAUAGCCGAGAAAUUCGCCAUGUAUCAGCUAAAAUCAUUGAUUUCUCUGCUAGUUAGACACUUUGAGAUAUUGCCAGCCAUAGAUGGCCUACCACCCGGCAUUAAUGAUCAUUCUCGUGUGGAUUGUGUGCCACAAAGUGAAUACGAUCCGAUUUUAAAUAUACGCGUCACUCUUCAGUCUGAAAAUGGCAUACAAAUAAGACUGCGAAAGCGGACAGCAAACGAAUAACAAAUGAAUUUAUACGAACAAAUAAAAAAUUUAAUAAAUCCCACUUAA